UGUCCUGAAUGUUGGAAGAAAAUAAAAUCAUUUCUACUGACAGUGUUGAUUGGUGUUGAAUAAAAAGUUCCAUAAGCUAAUUGAAUGGAGUUAUUUGAUUAGUAAUGUCUCUUGAAUGUUGCCUUACCUGUCCAGGUGUCAGAGAUCCACAGAGCCGUGUUCACCCGUGUGUGGACAGGACCUGAAACGAUGAUAACUCUCAUUACAUUUGGUUACAUCGGUGGAGCAACACAAAGAACCUGGUGACAUCACCUGCAGAGCUGAACAGUGUUGAAGAUGUUUCCAUCCUUCAGCACACACACAAACCUCCUCUAGCCAAAACAGAGGACCUGGACGAUGAAUUCCUCCCCACGACCAUGGCCUCAAACUCAGAGAGGAAGAGCAGCCUCACCUUAACACCAGAUGAAGAGAUGGAGGAAGAGGAGCCCCUGGUGGAGGAAGAAAAAGACAGACCCAUCCAGAUUGUCCUGGCCAAUGAGGCCGAGCACACCUUUGAGCUGGACACUGCCGCACUGGAGAAGAUCCUGCUGCAAGAUCACGUCAAGGACCUGAACGUGGUGGUCGUGUCUGUGGCCGGAGCUUUUCGCAAGGGCAAGUCCUUCCUGCUGGACUUCAUGCUGCGCUACAUGAGCAAUGAGCGGUGUCAGUCCUGGCUGGGAGGUGAUGACGAGCCUCUGACGGGCUUCACCUGGAGAGGGGGCUGUGAGAGGGAGACCAUAGGAAUUCAGAUCUGGAGCCAAGUGUUUGUGGUGGACAAACCAGACGGCAGCAAGGUAGCUGUUCUCCUGGUGGACACUCAGGGAGCGUUUGACAGUCAGUCCACCAUCAAAGACUGUGCCACGGUGUUUGCCCUCAGUACCAUGACCAGCUCUGUUCAAGUUUACAACCUCUCCCAGAACAUUCAGGAGGAUGACCUGCUGCAUCUGCAGCUUUUCACAGAAUAUGGUCGACUGGCAAUGGAGGAGAUCAACCUAAAACCUUUUCAGUCCCUGAUGUUCCUGAUCCGUGACUGGAGUUACCCUUAUGAGCACUACUACGGUCUGAGAGGAGGCCACAAUUUCCUGGAUAAAAGACUUCAAGUGAAACAGAACCAACACGAAGAGCUGCAGAACGUGAGGAAGCACAUUCACUCCUGCUUCUCCAACAUCAGCUGCUUCCUGCUGCCACACCCUGGCCUCAAGGUGGCCACCAACCCUUACUUUGACGGCAGACUGAAAGACAUUGAUGAUGAUUUUAAGAGUGAACUGGCCAAACUGGUGCCUCUGCUGCUGGCCCCAGAGAGACUGGUGGAGAAGGAGAUUGGAGGGAACAAAGUCACCUGCAGAGAUCUUGUGGAGUACUUCAAGGCUUACAUGAAGAUCUACCAAGGAGAGGAGUUGCCCCAUCCCAAGUCAAUGGUGCAGGCCACAGCAGAGGCCAAUAACCUGACUGCAGUGGCAGGAGCUAAAAACAUGUACAGUAACAGCAUGGAGCAGAUCUGCGGCGGGAACAAGCCGUACAUGGCCCCCGCUGACCUGGAGCGAUGCCAUGAGGAGUUCCGGGAGCACUCUGUGCGCUACUUCCGCUCUGUGAAGAAAAUGGGCGGCGAGGAGUUCUGUCAGCGUUACCAGAACCAGCUGGAGGCCGAGCUGGACGAGUCCUACAGCAGAUUCUCCAAAAGCAACGACAGCAAAAACAUCUUCAACGCCGCACGCACGCCUGCCACGCUGUUCCUGGUCAUGUUCAUCACCUACGUGGUGUCAGGAGUCACGGGCUUCAUUGGUUUAAGCACCUUAGCCGCACUGGCUAACCUGGUCAUGGGCGCAGCCAUGCUGGCGCUCUGUGCCUGGGCGUACGCGAGGUAUUCUGGAGAGUUACGGGAAGUCGGAACGGUCAUCGAUUUGUUGGCUGAAACGCUGUGGGAACAGGUGUUAAAGCCACUCAGUGAACACUACAUGGAAGACAAUGUCCGACAGACGCUGGUGAACUCCAUCAAAGCCAGUCUGACAGAGCAGGCCUCUCAACACGCCAAAUUAAAGACUCAGUGACUCACUCCGUCACCCUCCUUUCCCCUUUGAAUUCUCACCCAUUAAACCUCCCGCUCACCCACCGGCUCAGUGUAUUUAGUCCUAGAACUGCGGAACUAGUUCAACGCCAAAGCUGAUCCUUCUUUUUUUUUUUUUGGCCAAAACAAUUACAUUUUUUCUGCCUGAGCAACAACGACCAGUAGUCCUUCUGUUCUCUAGCUCCUCAUCGCCCCCCAGUGCCUCAGAGCAGAAGCUACAUAUCAAUAAGAGAAGCUGUUCAAAAGAAGUCUUGUGUGACAACACAGAACUUUAAUGAAAGUUAAAGUUCUUCUCUGUGCCACAACAUCACAAAUGCAUUUUACCACUGUAGAUUAUCUCUCACACGCACACACACACACUCAGAAGACUGAAUUCACCUGUAGAAUGAUCUGUAAUUCAGGGGAAAUCCAUAGACUGUAAACAGGACCUGGACAGAGCCCCCUUCACAGCAGACUGUGUUUUUGGGGUGAGACCAAAACCAGAACAUUUUUUUCUGCUGAUUUUAAAGUUAACAUCAAGUCGUUAUUAAGUGGGCCAACCUUAUUCUGUGAUCUCAUCGUCUUAAGAUCUCGGCCGUCGUCUAUGGAAUGUGAGGUCUCUUUAUUAUUAUUAUUAUUAUUUAAAUACAUUUUCUUACAAGACGGAGCUGGUUUCAAAGACCAUACGUUCAUCAGACAGAUCUUUACUGGUGUUUAAGAAUCUGUCAC